AUGGCGUCAACCGCGCCAGGCUCGACCCGCCCGGGUCCCGUACCCCGUCGCAAGACGUUACUGGGCAACCACCCAGUCUGCACGGCGCGCUCGAUGGAGGAGAGCUACGAGGCGGGAGACGUGAUUGGGACUGGCAGCUUCGGAAUCAUCCGGAAGGUCGUGAGGAAGGCGGACGGCCAGGUGAUGGCACGGAAAGAGCUCAAUUAUGGCCGGAUGGACGAGCGGGACCUGAAGCAGUUGACGGAGGAAGUCAACAUCCUCGAACAGCUCGGCUCAAACGACAACAUCGUCCGCUACUACGAGCGCUUCGUCGACAAGCCCAACAACAUGCUCUACAUCCUCAUGGAGUACUGUUCGGGAGGCGACCUCGCGGGCGUGAUCCAGCGGUGCCGCAAGACCGGUUGCAUGUUGCCUGAGGACGUCGUCUGGGCGUACUUGACGCAGAUCACGCUCGCGCUGCAUGACUGCCACUCGGAGACGGACGCGAAGGGGGCGAGGAAGCCGGUAAUCCUCCACCGCGACAUCAAGCCGGAGAACGUCUUCCUCGACGAGAACAACAACCUCAAACUCGGCGACUUCGGGCUGAGCAAGGCGAUGGAGCAGGCGGCGAUGACCCAGACUUACGUCGGCACGCCUUACUACAUGUCGCCCGAGUUGAUCAACGGCCAGCCUUACGACGUCAAGAGCGACAUCUGGGCACUCGGAUGCCUGAUCUACGAGCUCUGCGCUGGACACCCGCCCUUUCACGAAGCGCGAACCCAGCCCGAACUCGCCGUCCUCAUCCGCGAGGGCAAGAUCCCCGACCUCCCCAAGCCUUACGGGAAUCACCUCGGCGCUGUCGUCAAGGCCAUGCUCCGGCAAAACCCCAAACACCGCCCAAACACGGCGCAGAUCCAGGCGCUCGACUCGGUCCGGUUGCAGGUCCGUGUGCUCGAGCUGCGGAAAGCCUCCCGCGAACUACGACUGCGCGACCAGCAUGUCGCCGCGCGAGAAAAGGAGGUCCUCGCGCGCGAGUCUGCCGUUCUCGCCCGCGAGCAAGCGAUCCUCGCGCGUGAGAACGCCCUGCGAAGCGCGCAAGAAGGCGUCAAGGAUCAUGAGGCGAAGUUGGCUCAGGCUUGGGCGGCGCAUCGGGCGCAGGUGUACCAUCGCCAGCAGCAGCGGGAGCAGGCGGAGAGGGAGAACAUCCGACCGCCCGUGCAGGGUGUCGAGCCGGAGGUAGUGGCGCGGGUAGCGAGCAGGCCGAGCAUGGUCCCGCGGAGACCGCUCGACGACCGGAGGCAGAGCGGCGCGCUUCCCUUCCCUCGCGUCAACUCGUCGUCGUCGCUCAUGUCCCUUGACGACACGCCCACGAAGGACUACAACCCUUCACCCUCGCUCCGCCGCCGCCUCGCCUCCAAGUCGAUGCACAACCUACAAGCAGCCGGCUCGCUCGCGACACCCUCGCGCUCGAUGUCCGCGUCGAACGACAACCUCCGCGCGACUGCCGCAGCCCAAGCAGCCCGCCGCUCGCCGUCGCUCAUCACGAUCCCCAUUUCCGCUCCUCUCCCGACUUCCGUCUCCGUCUCGAACCUGCAUGCAGCAGGAGGGAAUGGUCUCCCCAGCCCGACAUUCUCCAUUCACUCUGCGCCGCCCGUGCCGACGAUUCACCACCAACGCCAGGCGUCGAGUCCCGAACGGAUCGUCCGAAGCGCUCCUCCUCCUCAGCCUCUCCCGCCUUACGACGACGACAUCCCCUCGCCCUUCUUGAAGAAGCCCACUUCAAACAACGCUCGCCUCCCGCCCCCUCCGCCGACCGCGACAACUCGCACAGGCAAAGGCCCGAUCUUGCAGAGACUGUUGUCGACUCGAGCGGCUGCUGCAGCGGGGCUGGGACCGAGUCGGGACGAGCUUCCUCCGCCUGUUCCAACACGACGGGCGUCGCUCGCACCGCGCAAGUCGAUCGUUGGCGUUUGA